AUGCCGACGCCAUUCGAAAGGAUACUGUUAUUAGUGACUCUAAUUGGUUCGUCAAACGCAUGUAUUGGAGGAGGAGGAUGUUGUUGUCCGCAGUCUCAACCUUCCUGUGGAUGUGGUAGUACAUGCGGAGGUGGAGGAGGAGGAGGAGGAGGAGGUGGAAUUAUCGCUAUCCCUCCACCUCCGCCGUCAGCAUACGUCGCAGGUCCAGCUCUACAUGGUGGAGUAUAUGGCGCUGCACCUCCUGCUAUUGGUGGUGCAUAUAGUGCCCCAGGAGCAUAUGGAGGCGGUGGCGGAGGAGCAUAUGGAGGUGGCGCUUAUAGUGGAGGAGCAGGCGGUGGCACUUAUAGUGGAGGAACAGGUGGUGGCGCUUAUAGUGGAGGAGCAGGCGGUGGCACUUAUAGUGGAGGAACAGGUGGUGGCACAUAUGGUGCAGGAGCAGGCGGUGGUGCUUAUGGUGGAGGAGCAGGCGGUGGCGCUUAUGGUGGAGGAGCAGGUGGUGGCGCUUAUGGUGGAGGAGCAGGAGGUGGCGCUUAUGGUGGAGGAGCGGGAGGUGGCGCUUAUGGUGGAGGAGCAGGCGGUAGUGCUUAUGGCGGUGGAGGAGGCGGUGGCCCUUAUGGUGGAGGAGCAGGCGGUGGAGGAGGCGGUGGCCCUUAUGGUGGAGGAGCAGGCGGUGGAGGAGGCGGUGGCCCUUAUGGUGGAGGGGCAGGCGGCGGACCUUAUGGUGAAGGGGGAGGGGGUGCACCUUUCGGAUCAGCCAUUCCAGCUGCUGCACCAGCUCCAGUCGUGCCUUCAGAAACUUAUCAAGAAGAAGCGUUAGCGCCAGCACCAGCACCGGCACCUGCACCAGCACCUGCACCGGCACCAGCGCCUGCGCCAGCACCGACAUAUCAAGAAACAGGAGGAGGAUUUAUAGAAUCAGCUCCUGUACCAGCACCAGCUCCAGGUGAAACAUAUCAAGAAAGUUCGGCUCCAGAUGGCGAUGGAUAUCAAGAACGUUUAAAGUUCCUCAAAAGAACGUUUCAAAAGCGAGUAUCAUAA